AAUGUUAAUUAAUUUUAUGGUUUGUCAGCACUUGCCGCUGCUGUCAAAACCAUCUGUUCGUAUUUUGUAAAUUGGCGCUUAUAACGUAUAAUUGGUUGUUCGUAAAGGUUCAUACGUGAGAAAUAAAACUUAUGUUCAUAUUUUUUAAUAGUAGUUAUUUUUGCUCGUUUCUUUACAACGUUAAUGGUUUAUCUAUGGUUAAUGGUUAACAGUUAAAUCGUAUUCAUAAAGUAAAUUUGGACCGGCUACUCAAACUAACCUCAACGUGCUGCCGAUUCGACACCACUCAUUUGCAAAAUAUUUAAUGAAUGAACCUGGUUUGAAUAACAAGAUGUCAUUAAUAGUGGAAUGCAAAAAGCUGUGCUUGCGCCGCUGUAUGUUGGCGUUGUUUUACAGCAUAGCCAUGCAAUAUCUGCUACUUGGCUUCUUCCUUUUCUUCAUCAACUUUCAUGUUCUGCAUCCUUUGAAUUGGAUAAGCGGCACAAUACGUGUGCUAUUUUCGUUCUAUACUUGGUUUAGCAUUUUACCCCUGAUUGGUUCCGUCGUCUUAUAUAGCAUAUUGUUGGGAAAAUCAUUUCUCGCUGUGAAACAUUACUAUCCAACACGCUUCCAAUGGCUCAUCUACACAGCGCCACGAAAAGUACUGUUCUUUAUUUUACAUUUACUUGUUGGUUACUUAACCGCAUGGCUUUAUACUAGUUUUUUGCACGUAGAUUACCGUAAUAUUAUAUGCGAAUGCUUUGGCACAAAAUGCAUCAAUAGCCGUUAUUUAUUCUUAAUUUGUGUUGGGUUUUUCGCUUCUUGUUUGCAUUUCACUAGAGAGAAUUUACGUACUGAUCCCGAAUUGGAAUUCCCCAUAAUUCAGGAGUUAAUGUUAAUUCGAAUUCGUUCUCUUGUUUAUCGAACCUUAUACAAUUCAUUUUUGAAAUCCUUCUCGCCUACAAUAUGUUUUGCACUAGCUUACUGGCUAAUUGCCGGCAUAAUAAAUCGUUAUUUUGCUGGCGUUUUCGCGUUGGAUGUUGAUGAAACUACGUUAUCAUUUAUUUCUAUCGCUGUAAAUAUCCGUCUUUUGUUCUAUGCUUGGAUCCUGACGGCGCAAAUUUUAAGUAAUAUGCAUCUGAUGCAUCGUUUCUUCGUCAUACAUCUUUCGGAGGAAGUUGCUUUUAUUAUUGAACGCAAGCCAGUGUUGUGUGGCACUGGCCUAGAAGAAAUAACCUUAGUGGAUGCGCUAAACUCGUCAUUAGUGCCAGUGGUGCAGAAUUUGGGCGCACGCGAUCUGUAUAAUUUGUCAAGCAACAAAAUGGAUAACAGGCGCAAAGAAAUCUUUGCACUCUCAGUACCAGGUGCCCAUCCAUACAAUUGGAAUCAGCUUUCUUCACAGUGCUUAUGUCUUAUUAACGCCUUUACUGAGGAAUUAGCUGCAUCUCUGAAAAAGAUUUCAGUUGUUAAAACAGCGCCACUAUUUUCCACAAUCAAACCCACCACCGCCACCGAAGCUGCUGAAAAAAUUUUGCUACGCCAAUAUAACGAGACCUAUGGCAUUAGACGCAUGAUGACCGAAACUAGUCAAGAAAAUGCUGAGACGGUAAAGAAGAUGUCACCGGCUUGCAAGCGUAUACAUGAUCAAGUUGAAAAAAUAAAGAAACAAUUUGAGGAGACUUUGCGUGCCGCCUUUCGUACGAUUCCCGGUCUGUAUUACAUGUUUGGUGAACCAGAAGGCGCUAAAACUGCUUACUUACUCUCUAAUUCGGAAACGAUUUUGUGGAUAGUGCAAGGUUUGGCCAGUGUAUGUACAGCUUCACUGAUGGAAGACAAAUAUGGUGUGGUACAAAUUACUCUACCACAAGUAAUCAAGUCAUUGUUGACACUCAAAACUGAAUUGGAUAAACUGAAUAAUGUUAAUUUGAAUGGCAGAAAAAUGGAUCGCAAUUUCAUCACGCUGAAAAACGGCGUAAAACGUAGCUUAUACAAUAUAUGCACAGUUUUCAGCGACUAUUUGCGUGAAAUCGUGGAUAGCUCGGAAGAUUUGCGGAAGCUACAGUGCUAUGUGCACUACGUGGAAACGUAAGCAGGAAUACGUGACUUAUGCUAAAUUAUUCAAUGAGCUGACUGUUUGUAAAUUAAGUUUAUUUAAACACUUAGAAUGUAAUGUUUUAUAUAAAUGUACGUUUUUCUAAAUAAUUAAAUUUUAAGUCAACAAAAUUCUGUGCGAAAUAAAGUUAAGUUUUCCUAUGCAUUGAGAAUUAAAAUUAUACUAAAACUAUUAACUAAUAAAUAUGAUAGAUUUUAUUAAAUUAAA